CUGACUUUAACUUUCCUCUUUUUGUUUUACUGAUGUUCUUCACGUGAUACAGAGUAAAAGGAGGGACUGCUUUCUGAAAGUCAAAUUCACUAUAUGUUCUUAGUAGUAGUUUUUCGCUGAAUAUUUAAUCGCUAAAUAUAUUUAAUCGUAAUCAUCGCAUUUCAACAAAUGGCGGUUAUCAGACGUUUGACUUUCGUUAAGAAUUCGUGGAAUAAUUUCGUCUCAUCGCAGUUUUCCACCUCAGCAUUUAGGUGUGGUUUCACGGGUUUUAAAAUUUCAGACAAAUUACAUUCACGGCAACAAGUUCAGGAUUUCAUAUUUAGACUUGGACAAAGGGAAAGAACAAUUCUUUUAGAAGAACUACUUAGAUUUCGAAUGCAAGCAAACGCAAUUCAAGAUGUUAAGCCUGAUCCUCCAACUGCUGCUCAGUUACGAGGUCUUGCUGCCCAUAGUGCUAUGCCAUUCAUUGGAUUUGGAUUUCUUGAUAACUUGAUAAUGAUUCUUGCGGGCGACUACAUUGAUGCUACAAUUGGAGUUACCUUAGGGAUUUCAACUAUGGCUGCUGCUGGAAUGGGGAAUACUUUGUCUGAUGUAGCAGGAAUUGGCUCAGCUUGGUAUGUUGAAAUAAUAGCUUCAAAAAUUGGAGUAAAGGCUCCUUCUUUAACUCCAGCUCAAGCAGGGAUGUCCAGGUCAAGAUGGUGCAUAAAUCUAGGUCGUGCCUUUGGAGUGACAAUUGGUUGUUUACUGGGCAUGUUUCCCCUUCUUUUCCAGUCAAAAAAAGAAGCAACUCCUGAGAAUAAAAGUACUUCUACUACAUAGUUUAAGGGAUUUAAUUAUUAGUUUUAUAAAUCUAUUUCUUUUGAAAUAGUAACACUUGUAGCAUAUUAUUGAUUGAUAACAUUAGAUCUUAUUUUUUCUUCAUGUAAUAUUUUUUGUCCUCUUAAAAAGCAGUUUCAUCUUUAAUUUGACAAGUUUUUUUUUUUUUUUUUUUUUUUUCUUUUUUUUCCAUUUGAGUGAUAUUUUUCCCUGAAAUUUUACUUGUUAAUUUGUGUAUUGUAUUUUCUCUUGCUAACACGUGUUUACAAUGUUGGAUUCUCAUUAUACUUAAUAUGUAAUUGUACAUUUGUAAAGUUAUGAUGAUAUAUGUACUUGAAUUACUGAAUAUUCUCCGAGUUUUUAGUUCAGGAUAGCUUAUUAUAUAUUUGUGCAAAAAGUUAUUUAUUAGUAUAUUUAUGCAAAAGGGAAUUUAGAGGGGCAUAAUGCUCAAACAUUUUUCCAUUUUUUAAUAAUGAGAAUUUAGAGCCACUACAGGUAUCCAUUUAACCCCUUCGCACCGGUUGGCGCAAACGCGCUAAUUGCAGAGGCCGGCAGUGUCUUACGCGAGCGUCUGUCCAGGGCCAGGGGCAUUUUUGCUAUUAAGCCUAAAUCCAUGAAAUUUCCGAAGUAUCAACACAUUGUUUAAUAAUGCUUUAUAGAGUAUUUAAA